AUGGCUUGUAACGCGAGAACGAGGUUGAAGCCAUCCGCCGCCAUGAUGAUGACUGUAGUCAUGAUCGACUUUGACGCUUGCAUGCAAAUGGAGGCUGAAGACACAAACUGCGAUGACACGAGCGAGCGAGGUGCGCUCAUGAUAGUCGCGAAAUGCAAGAAGACGCUCGAUGGAAUACUGGCUUCGGUGUCCAAUAUGACUCCGCUGCCACGAUGCAGCAACCUUGCGUUUGACUUGGUGUUCGUGGCACGAAUCGUGCGGGGACGAAUCCUAGCGUCGGUGCGACUAGCUGUACGGUAA